UCUCUCUCUCUCUCUCUCUCUCUCUUCUCAUUCCCAAAAGUCAUAUCUUUGUUUCUCCUCUCUCCGUCUCUCCAUGUUCAUAGAAAUCUCUUUCUUCGUCCAUCUUGCUCUAGCCAUUUGCUUCUCUCUCUAUCUCUACCAUGUUUUUCUCUCUAGAGAUUCCUUGCAUUUAGCCCUUGUUUCUAUGUAGAAAUUUAUCUUCCAGGUUGUAUUUGAUCCUAUCUGAACAGCAAAAAACCCAUUUUACAGGAAAUAUUUUUCACGAAAUGCAAUUCACAAGCAGUAGUUCUUUUCAGAUAAAUUUUUUUUUCUAAGGAUCCAAAUGGGGAGUAGUUAGCUGACAUUUUGAGAAAUGGAGCUGUCAGCUACAUCCAAGGGAUGUGAUCUUAUGAAUGUCAAGGUCACACAUAGGAUCUUCUAGUGUGAAUAGACCUCAAUCUUGUUUUGUGCAUGGAUCGUUGUUCUAGAUUAUUUUAUGACAUACAAAUUAUAAAUUGCACUUGUAUAGAUGUCCACUUAUCCUGAUAUGAUGUAACAAAAGGAAAACUUACCAGACCAUGCAUAAAAUAUCAACUUUUUAACGUUUGACUCAUUUAUCAAAAUGCACCUAAAAUAUCAACCAUUCUUACUCAUGAUUAUAUGUCCUUUUAUGGGCUUUUUGAAAUUAGAUCAUAAGUAAUGGCUAAGAUGUUAAAACAUUCAUCUCUUUGCCAUUUUUUGAUAAAUUUCCCCUAGAAAAAUUCUGCUCAUCUUGCAUAUACAACGUCUUGGGUAUGUGUCUGUCAUGAGAAAGCAUUACUGAUGUUUCCUCUGAGCAAGUUGGUUUUUGGGUGUAUAUAUGAUGUAAAGAACUUGUAAUAUCUCUUUUUUGGAAUACUGGCCUGAGGUGCUAAGCCCUUGUCUGCGUGUUCACUUGUACGCAUAUAUACAUCACACUCAAGAAGAACCGACUUGAAUAUGUGCUCAUGAGCUCAAAAUUCUUUCUACAUAUCUUUUGUAUUGUUUUAUUUUAGUACAGUGAACUGGCUAGUGCCCAGUUUUGGGCAGGUGGUUUAAUCUGUUGUAUCUGGCCAGUUUCCUGCACAAUUUAGUUUGAAGUGGUUUCUUGAUAUAUUUGACUGGAAUUUCCAUUCCAGAGCAAUUGAAAUAGGCCUUCAACCUUGUUAUUUUGGCAUUGAUCCACUCUAUAGCCUGCAAGUUUUAUGCAAAUGCCUUUAUUUGUGUUGUGUGUUGGAAGUUUCUCUGAUUACAUUCUUCUAUUACCAGAAUUCUUGUAACACCUAAUAGGUAUGGCUUGAUUGCGUAUUGGUUCCCUGUGAUCCUUUAUAGAGCUUGUUCUAGCUGGCUUUGGAAUUGCUAACAGGGUUAUACUUCAGUUCAUUGAAGAAUGCUUGCGCUUUGCUGUAAACGUCUAUACCUUUUCAUUGGGGACUCUCUUCACACCCACACCCGUAGGCUAGCUCACUCUAAAUUCCAUACAAGUAUCAGGUUUCAAAAACAUAUAGAUCGUGAUAAUGGUCCCCUGACUCUUGCAAAAGUGGGAUUUGGGUGCGAAACUGAGAUAACAAAGAAUAAGAAACCAAAGGCGUUUGCUGCUAAUUUGGAAUCGGGUGUGAAAGUUCCUUCAAUCAAAACCAAAAUACCAAAGGCCAAGUUAAAGCAAGUAGAGAAGAAUCCCAUAGACCCCAACUCAGCCCCAUUUGCACCAAAGACAUUCUCAGAGCUUGGCCUCUCACCUCAUUUGCUUGAGACGUUAGAGAGAGAAGGUCUCUCUCUCCCAACCGACGUCCAGUCCACUGCAAUCCCAACAAUUCUCAGGGGUCACGAUGUCAUCAUCCAAUCUUAUACUGGUUCAGGUAAAACGUUUGCUUACCUUCUCCCUAUACUCUCUAGAGUAGGCCCUCUCAAAGAAGCCCAAAAUGGAGAAGGGGUUACUGAAACCCGAUGCAUAGAAGCUGUGAUCGUCUGCCCAUCUAGAGAGCUGGGAAUGCAAAUAGUGAGAGAGGCUGAAAAAAUAUUGGGACCCCAAAACAGGAAAGUGGUGCAACAACUUGUUGGGGGUGCAAAUCGAUCGAGGCAAGAAGAAGCUCUCCGGAAAAACAAGCCUAUCAUUGUGGUAGGAACACCAGGGAGGAUUGCGGAGAUAAGUGCCUCAGGUAAGCUUCACACACAUGGGUCACGCUUCUUAGUCCUUGAUGAAGUGGAUCAGUUACUUUCUUUUAACUUUCGAGAGGACAUGCAUAGGAUCCUGGAGCACGUUGGUCGAGCUCGCUCCAACACCCAAGCCAAGCGGGUGGAGCGUCAAACCAUUUUAGUCUCGGCCACUGUGCCCUUUGCUGUCUUGAGAGCAGCGAGAGGUUGGGGCCGAGACCCACUUCUUGUUAGAGCGAAAACGGUUCUCUCUCUUGACUCUGCCUUGGCAUUGGGAUCUUUGUCACCCUCUCCUUCAAGCUCCGCUAUUACCCAAGCGGCCAUAGAGAGCUUGCCUCCCUCUUUGAAGCACUACUAUUGCAUAACCAAAUUACAACACAAGGUUGACACUCUUAGGCGGUGUGUGCACGCUAUCAAUGCUCUCUCUGUGAUUGUUUUCAUGAACCAUACCAAGCAGUUGAAGGAUACAGUUUUUAAGCUUGAGGCUCGAGGUAUCAAGGCAGCUGCCUUACAUGGCGAUCUCAGCAAACUUGAGAGGGGAACUACUCUCAAGAAUUUCAAGAGUGGGGAGUUGAGAGUUUUGGUGACUAAUGAGUUAUCAGCAAGGGGCUUAGAUGUUCCUGAGUGUGAUCUUGUGGUAAAUUUGGAUUUACCCACUGAUUCUGUGCACUAUGCUCAUAGGGCAGGUCGAACUGGCAGGCUUGGAAGGAAGGGUUCUGUGGUUACGAUAUGUGAGGAACCUGAGGAGUUUGUUGUAAAGAAGUUGGAGAGGCAGCUUGGCAUUCCCAUCUUCGCUUGUGAAUUCACAGAAGGCCAGCUUGUUCUACAAAAUAAUGAGAAGAAGGUUAUGAUUGAUUAUAUGUUUGCAAAGGAUGAAGGCAAUGGUUCAAGAUCACAUUCUUCGGCAAUUUGGGAGUUCAGAAACAGUUUCAGUUAUGUUGCAAGAAGGCAUUUUGUUCAAGCACCUAGCUUCUCAAUUGAAAGCCAAAUGUAAGAGAAAAUUUUAGUGAAAAUUUUCAAAUUAUGCUUAACUUUCCAACAA